UUAAUUUAAUGUAUUUACGACGAAACCAAAAGCCGCAAUCACAAAUCAGUACACAAGCCUUUGUAAAUGGAACUGAGUUAGUUCUGAGGUUAAUCAACAGUACACUAAACACAACACAACCAUAUAUCUUUAGCAGCAUCAACGGAAUUCGUUUGAAUUUCAAGGCGGGAACGCAAUUUCAUUUCUCUCAUUUCUCAAUCGCUCUUUUUUUUCCUUCCAGAUCCAGGUUUCCACUUCUUGAAAAACGCUAUGGUGUUGUUUAUCUUCCUCUUUGUUUCACUUUCUCUCUAGGGUUUGCUUUUCUCAAAUUCCCCAAUUCUUUCUUUUAAUGGACUCGGGGUUUUCAAUAACACCUCAAUGGCUAUCAUAACAACUAUCACCGGCAAACGCCCCUACCGGUGGCUCUCCGUUAAUCACAACCCUUCAUCUCCCAGUUCUUCAGAGUUCAAAAGGCAGAAAGUAUCAUCAACCAUGUCCCACAAUAAGCCAUCACCAUUACCCACCACCACAACCAAGGCCAAUGUUGUUUCCAGAAUUUCUCGUUACCCUGAAACUAAGCCACCUUUGCGUAGAGAAGUUCACGCUCCCUGUAGCAGACCGCGCAAAUUCGAUUUAUCAAACAAUUUCAAACUAGAAUCGUCGAACUCCGUGGUUAGUGGUAUCGGUAUCAGCAAUGUGUUAUUUGAAAAUUAUUCUGCAUUGGCUACCAUUCCUUUACAUGGAAAAGAAAAGGAUGAUCAUAAGGAGGUUGUUUCAGAAGAUUCAAAGGAUGAAGAUGUAGAAGAAGUGUGCGCUGUGCCGGUGGAGGUCGAGGCUGUGAAUGGUGGCAUACAGAAACAGUCAAGUUCGGUUUCUGAGUUGAGUAAUGAUAAAUUGAAUGUGGUUGAUGAUGCUGCAAAGAUUUUGGAUACUUUGUCUUUGGAUCCGGAGAAUGAUGUUUCCAGUGUUCGUGCUUACAAGAAGUUGCUGGAGGCUGUCGAUAAGCGAACAGAUACAAUUGGUAGGUUGAGAUUUGAAAUUCAGCUUAACGAGAAGCGCAGAACCGGAUUUGAUUUGUUGCGUCCAAAGAAAGAACUAGUAGAGGAAGUGCCGCCGGAACCUUUUGUUCCUCUUACAAAAGAGGAAAAAGUUGAGGUUACACGAGCCUUUUCUGCCAAUAGGAAGAAGAUCUUGGUUGUUCAUGAGAAUUCCAAUAUUGAAAUAUCGGGCGAAAAGUUUCAGUGCCUUAGGCCAAGUGGAUGGUUAAACGAUGAGGUGAUAAACUUGUACCUUGAGUUACUGAAAGAGAGGGAGAGAAGAGAGCCACAGAAGUUUCUGAACUGUCAUUUUUUCAACACCUUUUUCUAUAAGAAGUUAAUAAGUGGCAAAAAUGGUUAUGAUUACAAAUCUGUGAAGAGAUGGACUACUCAAAAGAAAUUGGGCUAUGGCCUACAUGAAUGUGAUAAAAUAUUUGUACCUAUUCACCAGAAGAUCCAUUGGUGCCUAGGUGUUAUCAAUAAGAAGGAAAAGAAGUUUCAGUAUCUUGAUUCACUGAAAGGAAUUGAUACCCAAGUACUGGAAGUGCUGGCAAGAUAUUUUGUAGAUGAAGUAAAGGACAAGACUGGAGAAGAUAUUGACAUAAGUUAUUGGGAAAAAGAAUUUGUUGAAGAGCUUCCUGAACAGAAGAAUGGGUCUGAUUGUGGGGUAUUUAUGGUCAAAUAUGCUGAUUUUUAUAGCAGAAACUUGAGGUUGUGUUUCAAUCAGGAACAUAUGCCUUAUUUCAGGCUUAGAACAGGUAAGGAAAUUUUGAGAUUGAGAGCUGAAUAAGCAAGAGAAGAACCAGAGAAAUUAGGGAAAGAAAACAUUGAUGUCAAAUUAGCAGAGAAUUUUUUGAUGGAGGAUCCUUCACUUAUGUCACUAACUUGACAAUAACCAUUCAAGAGUUCUGGCGUUUGUUAUAUUGACUGGACCGACCAUACAUAUCAUUCUGAUAAACAAGUACAACAAGUUGGUUGGUAGUGAAGAAUGCAAUAGAUUCAUAGAUUGUUCAUGUUCUACAAAAGUGAAUCCAUAGAUGAGGAAUUUCAUUGAGAUUGAGAUGUUAAAUUAUGUAUCAAUAAACAAAUGCACUUCCUUGCCAUUUUUGGUGGCUGCUUUUACUAUAGGCUACAAUAAUGGGGUUUGGACUUGUUUGCAAUCCAAGCUCAUGUGAAGCAAAUUGAGAGCAAUGAAUAGCAUUGACUAUUCCUUUGAUAAGUUGGUUGGUUGUUCCAUGCUCUGAAUCUAUGAUGCGACGUUUUGCAGCUUAUACUUUUAUCUAUGUUCAGAAUUACUA